AUGGGCUGUGUGGCCGCAGAUCUGGACGAAUGUUUCACGGCUUCGGCCUUUGACCCGACCGAUUAUGCUGAUCAACUUAACAAGAUCACUUGCUUGUCGGCUUUCUCUCCAAAUGGAAUGGCCUCUCUGCUGAAUGAAAUCUCGAUGGAUCGACUUGCUCACGCGGUCGCUUCUACACCAGUGACUGGAAUGACCGCACCGGGUUUGAACAAAGUGACGGCACCAGCACCACAAGCAGCAGCAAGCGAGCCGAAAUCUUUCUACGAGUUUGAGAAGAACGAGCCUCGCCGUUUUGCUCCGCGCGACGUUCAUUCUGAAUACUGUUUUUCCGAGCUACAGGCAACGAUCAAUGACGGCGAGAAAGCUGAAGAAAGUAUCGAGGUCGAAGUGGAACUUCCAUUGUGCGACAGCAGUGCCGAGCUUAUGCGCUCAGUUCAGGAGCAACGCUCUCGCGUCUACGAGAUGAUGUUGGAGUGGCAGAAGCAAGAGGACAGCUCGUACAAUUCAAGCGUCACCGGACUUGGCGCUGCUCCUCGCAGCUUUAUCGGCCGUCCUCAACACUUC